AUCUGGGAGAACAAAGAAACAAAGAAAGAACCACUGUCAUUAGGGAAAACAGUCAGUGAGCUUACCACAACACAAUCUAUACAAACAUCAGAAUGGAGGAACACGCAGAAAAAGUGAUCGAGAUUUCCUCCAAGGCGAGAUAUCUUUACGAUCGUUGUCUGGGAUUUCAGAUCUAUAAUGGCUCAACACAGUGUACCAGGGAAUCCUCGAAAACACAGACCAACACCAUCGACAUCCGCUCUCUAAACAGUGUGCUACAUGUCGAUGCCAACAAGAAAAUGGUCCUCGUCGAGCCCAGUGUACCAAUGGAAAAUCUUGUCGCGGCUACUUUGGCCCAUGGGCUGAUUCCACCGGUAGUGAUGGGAUACCGAAAUAUCACGGCCGGGGGUGCAUUUGCGGGCACAUCUGGGGGGAGCAGUUCCUUUCGACACGGAUGUUUCGAUCGAACGGUAACCCGCAUUGAGGUUGUUCUGGCGAACGGGCAAGUCAUGAGGGCGUCGACGACAGAGAAUACGGAAUUGUUUUACGGAGCCGCGGCAUCAUUUGGAACGCUGGGUGUCGUGACAUUGCUGGAGAUACAAUUGUUCCCGGCGAAGCCAUGUGUCCGGUUGGAAUAUCGGCCUGUAUCGUCAGUGUCGCAGGGUGUAUCUGAGAUUCAGAGGUAUACCACCAACACCGAUUGCCAUUAUCUCGACGGAAUCAUGUAUAGUCGGGACAAAGGUGUUCUUUCCGCAGGUUAUUUGAGCGACAAGCCCUCCGAGUCCACACCGGUGCAACAUUUCACGCGGUCCACAGAUCCGGGGUUCUGCAUGCACAUGGAGGAGAUCCUGGCCAGAGGCACCCCUGCAGAGGAUUACAUCCCGUUAGUCGAUUAUCUCUUCCGGCACGACAGAGCAGGCUCCUGUAUUGGCAAGCAUGCAAGCGGCCUAUUCAGACAGUACACUAUCCAAGACAUUGCGGUACCGUACGAUGGUGCGUCUGAAUUUAUCGACUAUCUGGAUGAUUCCUUCGGACAGUAUCCGAUCUGUUUCUGUCCAGUUCGACAAAUCACACCCCGUCCUGAUGGUUCCAAGGUUCACGGGCUCAUGGCCCAGCAUUAUUCAUCCGAGUCAAUUCCGAAAGAAUCAGAAGUGCUACUCAGCAUCGGUAUCCAUAGCCCAGGACCGAGACCCGAGGAGGAAUUCAUCGAAUUCAACCAUUCAAUAGGACGAAAAGUGCACGCGCUCGGCGGCCAGAAAUGGCCGUACGCGCGCACAUACCACACCGAGGCAGAAUUCUGGUCAAUUUAUGACCGGCAAUACUUCGAUCGCUUACGUCGGAGGUACCAUGCUAUCUAUAUGCCCACGCUCUAUGAAAAGACGGAGUGUCUGCUUGGUCGGAAGAAGAAAUUGAAUGUGUUUUCGGGGGAUAUAUCGGCGUGGUUCGUUUUCUUGGUUGCUGGGUUGUACUACGUUGUGACGGGUGGUGGACUUUGAGGGGUGAAUGGAGUGAACGUUUUGGUUUAUGUAGGUUUGAAUUCUCUAUAGUAAUAUAU